CGGAGCAGAUUCCUCCACCGAAAGAUAAUGUUUAUUACAACAGAUCUGACGGGAGUCUACAGCGGAGCGAGGGACAUUAUUUUACCCUCGGUCUUCCUGGCAUUUUGGAUCGGUGUGUCUGGUGACACGGGUGAAAUAAAGAAACUGUCCGUUCUGGAGGGAGAUUCUGUUACUUUACACACUAACAUUACUGAAAUACACAACGUUGAUCUGGUGAUGUGGAUGUAUGGAGCUCAGAGAUCUAUUAUCGCUAAACUCAAUGGCAAAAAUCAGAUGAUUUCCUUUUACGAUGUUGAUGAUGGGAGAUUCGGAGACAGACUGCUGCUGGACAAUCAGACGGGAUCCUUGAGCAUCAGUGACAUCAGGACCAAACUAUCUGGAGACUAUCAGCUCAGGAUCAUCAGCAGCGAGACCUCGUACAAGUCAUUCAGUCUGACUGUCCAUGAUGUGGUUUUUGCUGGUUUAACAAACACGAAAGAGGGAGACUCCUUCACUCUCCAAACUGGUGUUCAUAAAAUACAGAAACAUGAUGUGAUUCUGUGGAUGUUCGGACAGUUGAGUCCAGACACGUUUAUAGCUGACAUCAACACAACACUCAGUCAGAUCUCAUAUAGUGACGAUGUGAGACUGAGAGACCGAGUACGGCUGGAUGAUCAGUCUGGAUCUCUGACCAUCAGCAACAGCAGAAGCACAGAUACAGGGCUUUAUCAGCUGCAGAUCACCAACAGCAAAGACACCUUCUACAAGAGAUACAAUGUGUUUGUCGAUGCUCCUGAUCCAGGUCUGUCUUCAGGUGUUUUAGCACUGAUCUGUGUUUGUGUGCUGAUGAUAUUAGCUGCAGCUGGAAUCGCUGGAGUGUGUUACUCUCGCCGCAAGUAUUCUCCACUGAAGGAUGAAAUGAAGACAGAAGAAGUGUCAGAGGGAGAUUCUGUCACUCUACACACUGGUAUAACUGAACCACAGAGAUAUGAUCAAAUACUCUGGAGCUUUGGACCUCGAGGCUCUGUCAUCGCUCAGAUUCCUGAAAGGACCAGUAAGACUUCAUUCAGGGAUGAUGAGAGAUUCAGAGGCCGACUGCAGCUGGACAGUAAGACUGGAGAUCUGACCAUCAGAGAUGUGAAAAUCACACAUUCAGGAGACUAUCAGCUGAAGCUCAUCAAAGCAAGACAAACCAAAUCCAGAAAAUUCAAGCUUAUUCUCUGUGUGGACUCGCUGCAAUUCUCGGAGGGAGAAAACGUCUCUCUAGACACCGGUGUUAGUGAACUACAGAGGGAU